CCAAAUUAAUGGGGUUAAUCGGACAAAGUAAAGAUUGGUUCGCAUGUUUACCGAGUGCAUUGAAAAUAACGUCGCGAUUUAUCCGAGUAAAGUCUUUUUAAGGCUAACCCAUCGAACCGACGAUAGUCUAACGGUAUUAGGGAAAGUAUUAACCUCGCAAAUAUGGUGUCCCAGAGAAUCAAAUACGCGAUGGCGCAUCUUUCGCGAAAGCAACACACUAGAUUAUUGGCACGUCCAAAUUGGAGAAGACUUCGUAGAACGGACAUGAACAUAGUGGUAGAUCCAAAUGCAAUUUCUCGCGCGGCACUAAAGAGUAAGGCUUCGAAGCGCAUCAAGAUCAUGGCCCGGCCAAAAUAUGUAACUAAGAAAUACGACGUUCAAGACUAUCCACCACCGUACCAACGAGUUCAUCCAAAGACACUCGCGGCGAAGUGUACCAGUCGUAUUCGGGUUCUGGCAGUGCCGAAAAUGCGCGUUGUAGAGCUUAGGAUUCCUAAGCCUAGGAAGCCACCUCCGAGGGACCACGAUUGGAAACGACAUAGAGAGAUCAUAGAGAAAUUGGCGAAACCAAAAGUCAUUCACAAGCCGAGACACGUCCCGAAGAAGAGAUGGCGACCGGUCAGGAUGAGGCGAAUAAAAAAAUUGGCUUUACCGGUGAGCCGUGAGAUUCCGUUUGCCAGAGAUCCCUUUUCGGUAGCACAAUCCGCUCUAAGGUACAGGAUCACCGAGCGUAUGAAGGAGCUCGCCUAUCGAAAGACCGAAUUGGAAUUUAUUACGCCACGGAAACUAGGCGUAAUUUCGCGAGGAGCCUUGAAAGCAAUCGCUUCCCCGAGGACGUUAAUCCUGGCGAAGCCCGCGGUACGUCCCGCUGGAAUGGAAACGGAUCUCAGAGAGGACGCCUUCACCGUCUCUCCGGCCGCUUUGAAAGCGAGAUGCUCGAGACGAUUGAAAAAGCUCGCAAGGCCGAAGAAUUACAAGCAUAAGGGAUAUUGAUUGCCUCUUAUAGUGUAUUACUAUUUUUACUGUCCCGUCCUGUAACUGUCUCACCAGAGAAAAUAGAUCCUCUCUUUUUCUCUAUUCGCUUUACGUAUCAAUUUAAUGUCUCUGAUGUUCGUUAGUCCGACACGCCGAAGAGGUUUAAUAAUAAAUUCAUCUAAUUACGAGGAGAAUCCGUAAAUUAACUCGUAAUUACUAAGACCUGUGUCUACCCGACUU